CCAAGUAACUUUCCUGGCAAAUACAACGCAGGUAUGCCUAUACCAACAAGCAACGGCCACGCCUCUCGCGUGCAGAUUCAAGAACCAAGAACAAGAUCUCCUCUUCCUCCUUCGUCUUCUCCAAUCGCCUUCAAGGAACAACAAGGUAGACCACCUCCAGCCGCACAACAAACAAUAGCCGGAAAACUCUCUAGAAAUCUCUUCAAGGGUAUCCUCUUCUCACAACUAACCUUAAUCUCACUUUUGGUGAUCGUUCUCACCAUUCGCGGUCUCAUCUUAGCAAGUUCACAUCAUUUCCACCCCAAGAAAUGGUACCCUCCUUUACUAGCCUCUGUAGCUGUCUCAGGAGUUGCAUCUUUGGCCUGGCAAUGCAUCUUUAUCUACAAUCCACCAAGAGCAGUCAAAGCAACGUUCUGGCUUACCCCAAUACUCACUUGCUCGGUCGGUAUAUUGCUUGUUCUGAUUGGCUCGGCGGUAGAUGCAGGGAUCGGUGCUGUUUUUGUGCUUUUCGCCAUCACGCAGUCUCUGUAUGGUUGCUGGAUCACUCCGAGGCUUGAAUACACCGAUAAGAUAUUAUCUCUUUCCACAGCUUUUCCACCUGCAAGAACCAGAGAAGUAGUCAGUUUAUCAAUCCUUGUAAGUGUGGUUUACUCUGGUUUCUUGGUGACUGGAAUCGGAGGGGCAACUUCCACUAGAACAAAUCUAGACCUCUUGUUUGUCUCCGUAAUCUUGAUAAGCUUGGCAUGGACGAUGCAAGUUCUCAAGAAUGUACAACAAGUUGCGAUUUCGCGGGCGAGGUAUGUGAACUUUGCACAUGGAGAAGAUAUGGACGCUUGGGGUGCUUUCCGUGUCACUGUGAAACACUUGAUUGGAAGCAUCUGCAUUGGCUCGACACUUGUUCCAAUCAUCGUACUCAUCAGAGGAUCGAUCAGAAGCGUUAAUCUAAUGUCAGGGAGCAGCGACGAGGUCAUGUAUUCAGGUGCAGAUUGCUUCUCCACCAUUGCCAACAAGCUUAUCACAUAUGGAAACAGAUGUGGCUUUGUACAUGUGGGAACCUAUGAUAAAGGGUUCGUGGAGGCUUCGAGUGAUACCUGGAAGAAGCUGAGAAGUACAGUUGGGUUGGAGAAACUGAUUGAUUCAGAUCUCACUAGCUCCCUGUGCUUCCUCAGUGCGGUUUCUGUUGGAGCUGUCUCUUCAUUAACUGCAGGCAUAUGGGUGUUGUUAAUCCACAAGGACUAUGCCUUGGAAGUGACACUCUAUGCUUUCAUAAUUGGAUAUUUCGUGGGAAGGGUGGCUUUGGCGUGGAUACAGGCCUGUGUCUUGGCUUACUAUGUAGCUUAUUCUGAAGAUCCUCAGAGCAUGCGGUUUGACGGUACAAUUCCAAAUCGUAUUCAGCGUCUUCAACUGUUAAGUGCUCGCCGAGAUAACAGGGAGCUUGAGGUGGGUAGAGACAGAGAUGAUACUGAUAACUGUUGAUGAGAUUCGUUACAAACAUGUAAAGCAAAGCAAAACAAUGAUUAGUACUUUGUUUUUUUUCUUUCUUCAAGCUACAAUUAGAUUCUAUUGAUAGGAAAUUUUAGAUUCAAAGUG